GCAAAAUGUUUUUUGGGUUUACAUGAGAUUUGAUACAGUACUAGCUGCUAGGCUGCUUUAAAUAAAUACAACAAUCAACACAACACACACGCGCUCAUUGAUGACGUAGAUGAACUGCAUGAGCAAAAGAAUUAAAAUUAUCAAAGCGUUAUCUUCCGACUAUGUGACACAGAACGAUCAAAAUUGAAAGUCAGAUUGAAUAACAAAAGAAAUAGCAACAAUUCUUUCGAAAUUACUAUACAACAACUAAUAUAAACAACUCGAUGGCUUUUCGUCGAAUCAACAAUUUGGAAUUGUUUAUAAAACGAUGUAGCGCUCCCACGUUAUACUACUCCAGCAUAAGGACGGCGACCGGCAACAACUACAGCAACAAUACAGCAAAUAUCACCACCGACAGCAGCAGCAGCAGCAACAACAACAGCAAUAGAAAUAAUAAGAACGAUAAUAAUAAUGAAGACAACAACAAAUUCAAUUGGCGCAGUUUGGUACGAUUCUUUGUGCCAUUUUCAUUGGGUGCUGUGGCUAGUAGUCUUGUGAUGAAACGUGAUGAUUUGGAAUUGACACCCACAAUAUCAGCCGCUCGUCCUUCAGGGCGGCGAAGGGAAUUCAACUUUAUAGCGGACGUGGUGGGUGGCUGUGCCGACUCUGUUGUCUACAUAGAGAUCAAGGACACACGGCACUUUGACUAUUUCAGUGGACAGCCCAUAACAGCAUCCAAUGGUUCGGGUUUUGUGAUAGAGCAAAAUGGCCUGAUUCUGACAAAUGCUCAUGUGGUGAUCAACAAGCCACACACUAUGGUCCAGGUGCGUCUGUCAGAUGGGCGUACCUUUCCCGCCACCAUUGAGGAUGUUGACCAGACUUCUGAUCUAGCCACCCUGCGCAUUCAAGUCAACAACUUGCCAGUGAUGAGACUGGGCAAGAGCAGCACCCUGCGUUCCGGUGAAUGGGUAGUGGCUCUAGGUAGUCCUUUGGCCUUGAGCAAUACGGUCACAGCAGGCGUUAUAAGUUCUACGCAGCGAGCCUCACAAGAGCUGGGUCUGCGGAAUCGUGACAUCAACUACUUGCAAACGGAUGCGGCCAUUACCUUUGGCAAUUCGGGAGGUCCUCUAGUAAAUCUUGAUGGUGAGGCAAUCGGGGUAAACUCCAUGAAGGUGACUGCCGGCAUCAGCUUCGCCAUACCAAUUGACUAUGUAAAAGUCUUCCUGGAAAGGGCAGCCGAGCGUCGCAAAAAGGGAUCCGCCUACAAGACGGGGUAUCCGGUGAAACGUUACAUGGGCAUCACUAUGCUCACCCUAACGCCGGACAUACUGUUUGAGCUAAAGUCGCGUAGCCAGAAUAUGCCCAGCAAUCUGAUGCAUGGUGUGCUAGUUUGGAAGGUCAUUGUAGGCUCACCAGCUCACAGUGGUGGCUUGCAGCCGGGUGACAUUGUCACCCACAUCAACAAGAAGGAAAUCAAAAACUCCUCAGAUGUCUAUGAUGCUCUGGGAUGUGGUGACAAAGAACUUAAUAUGAUUAUCAUGAGGGGAGUGAAGCAAAUGCAUGUCACCAUCACACCAGAGGAUCCCUAAUAGUCCAACAAGUGAGCUAUUUCAAGUAUCUUUGUUCUCUUCAUGAUGUAGUAUUGGAAAAAUUUGUAAAACAAUCUUUUUACAUAUGUGUGAUUUGCAAUAUAAGACAAUUAUUUAUGGUCUCUGCCAGUUGACUAAGCAAAA